GACAACAGCUGUUUGAAAAUUUUUGCAAAAUAUAAGAAUGCAAGUAAUGAGUUCAUUUCGAUUCAAAUAAUCUGCCAAACAACAUGAGUUAUCCGCAUGGAAAUCGUGACCAUUCUUAUCAAAAUCGUGAUGAUCCGCCUGAUCUAAUUCAUGAUCCAUAUGGAACACCUUCGAUGUAUCGAAAUCCUGGAACGCAACCGAAUGUAUCUGAUCAACAACAUCAACAACAAUUCAUUCAACAAAGACCAUUUAGUCCUAAAAAUAAUCAAAUAGUUGCGAAAAAUUAUAAUGAUUUUCUCGAAAGACAAGGAAUACCUGCCAUAUCGCCUGAAGAUAUACGAAUUCUUCGCGAAUGUGGCCGUGAAAGUCUUAUUUAUCGAUCUUUUCCGAUCACGGCUGCUCUCUGUACAGCUCUUAUCUACACUGCACGUACAAGACAAAUACAGCCUCGAUUUUAUCAUUAUCUUGGAGCAGCUUUUUUCGGUUUUUUUGCUGGUAAACUGAGCUAUCGAUCGGUCUGUGAAGAUAAAUUGAUCAAAUCAAAUUCAAAUUCACCCUUCGUACAAUCAAUUCGAAAACGGAAAGGCUUGUUUUUUGAAGGAUAUUAUGAAAACGUGCCACAAGGAUUUGAUUCUUCCCAUCCAUCAUCAGCAUCACCAUCAUUUGGUAAACCAUAUGUUGAUGAUAGUGGAAGUCACACUGGUAUUCGAGAAUUCGAUGAUCAUCAUUCGUCAUCGUUCAAUCAAAAUAAAGAUUCAUAUAUACAUGAUCCAUUUGGUUCGGGUCAACCAUCAUUAGAUUUUCCAACAGAUAUUGGCGAUAAUAGAGGUAGCAUCAGUUAUGAUGAUUUGCGAACUCGUAAUCGAUCUGAAUUUAAAAAUGUCUGAGAAAAAAAAGAUAAUAUCUUAAUAGAAACGAUGGACGUAAAUCACGUUAUAGCAUAUCUUUGUCUAUGUCGUGUAGUUAAAUAAAUAAAAAUAAAGUAAUUGCUUGGA